AUUUGAGAGUUAGGGACAAAAGAAUGCACAAGUGUGACGACGAACUUAAGGCAAAAGAAAAAGUUGGGAAAUUUAUUUUCCUUUUGUCUUCCGCUCUCACCUCAACCCAAACCACUUCGGUGACCCUCGCUGUCCGUACAACAGUUUCACUCUUCGUUCUCGGAAAACCCUAGCUUGGCCCAGGCCUCAAUCGGUAAUUUUAGUUGAAACAGGGAGCUAACAAAAAAUGGCAAAUGCACCUGCACAAAUUCCUACAAGUUUUGGCCAUGAGUUGAGGGCUUGUCUUCGUUGCCGCCUUGUCAAAACCUAUGAUCAGUUCAGAGAGUCGGGCUGUGAGAAUUGCCAAUUCUUUAAGAUGGAAGAAGAUCACGAGCGUGUUGUUGAUUGCACUACUCCCAAUUUUAAUGGGAUCAUUUCAGUUAUGGAUCCAACUCGUAGUUGGGCUGCCCGUUGGUUGCGCAUUGGUAAGUUUGUUCCUGGUGUAUAUACUCUUGCUGUCUCGGAGGCUCUUCCAGAAGAGAUGCAGACCAUAUGUGAAGACGAACGUGUGCAAUAUAUCCCUCCCAAGCGUUUGUGAUUGUGACUUACGUAAAUAUUGGUGUUUGCUAUGACAUACUUGUCUGGAUGAAGGUAGAUUUUAAUGCUUCGGAUGAUUUGCUAAGUGACUUGUUAGAAUUUCUCGUGUUUUUCUUCUGAUGACGAGUUAUUCUGCACUAGCACUAGCACCAGGGGAGAGAUCAUGAAUCAAACAUUAUUUAGUGCGUUUUUUGACCUCUAUGGUCUUGGAGAAAGCUAUUUACUUAACUUUACGAAUUAAGCUACCAAUUAUUAUUUUGGAUAAACUAAAAUCAGUUAGAUUUCCGUUGUUUAACUUUUCAAAACUUGACAUCUAUAAACUUUACU